AUGUACUCAGCCGUUGCCGACACCUUGGGCAACGCUUUUUGUGUCGUGAUUCUCUCUGCCGCCUCACUGAGUCUACCUUCUUGUCAGCUUCGCACAUCGUCCACGGCUUCAUUGGAAGAGUCAAAGCACCGCCACAAAGAGCCUGUGACGGCAGGCGCUUGGGAGGAGAAGGUGGCGGAGCUGGCCGGUCGACGAAUCACGCUUGGUCAGCUUCUUGACUUCCACGCUCGCCUGGGCUCCGAUGCUUUGAUGCCGCAUUUCGAUCACAAGAGGUCCACCACGAACGACGUCGUGCGGCAUGCGGUGAUUCCAGAGUCACGCGUCGGGGAGUUGGGCAAAUCCCUGGCGGAAGUGCUGCCGAAGCAGUCCCACAAGCAUCCCAAGCCACCGCGGAUGGUGACACACCAUUGGGCCAACCGUUUCAGUGACCUGGUGGCCGUGGUUGUCGCCGACGGACUGGGCGUAAAACGAUGGGACUCGGUUGUGGAAUUGCUCCGGAGCCAUGGCGAGACAUCCCUCAAGGAGCAGUUGGAACAGAAAGUGGGCGCGGAGUACUGGAUUUGCGCCAUCUGCAUCAACCAGCACGCCAGUAUUUGUGGCAACUCCAUGGGCGCCAGAGACACAGUCACUGGCGAAGUAUUGCCUUCCUGCAGCUGCAAAACCCCCAAGUUCUUCAACGACCAUCCUGAUGAGUGCGAGCUCAACAAGUUCGACGACAUGAUGGCAUGUCUUCGUCGGCAAUAUGCAGGCUUUCUUCAAGUCGUAGCCGUGGACACGGACUUCAGCUUGUUCACACGUGCCUGGUGCGUUGCGGAGCUCGCAGAGGCCCACGGUUCGCGCUUGGAGCAGCACAUCGUCCUUCACUCGCCGCAAGUACUCGAAGAACACUCCGGGCAUCUCAAUAGUUUGCAGGUGCAAGAGUGCAAUGCAUCUCGGGCUGAAGACAAGCAGGCCAUCCUUGACAAGAUCGGCACGCAAGACGAUAUCGAUGAGUUCAACAGGGACCUGCGGCAGCUCCUCGUGGGGAGUGACGGGCUUCUGGCCGGAUGGCUCGAUGGCCAGGCGCUCUUACAGGAGGUCGGUGCCAUCGCGGCGCGGGCCAAGGCCCGGAUUCACAAGAAGACCACUGACCCAAAUCGGACCGAGCCAGCAGAGGCCGAUUCCAUCCUCUACCGAGUCUCUUUUUAA